UGCCUUCAAAGCCAGACAGAUCUACAGGUGGACUAACGCCGUGACUUCAUGAGAGGGAAAUAAUUAUUUUUUUUGGGGACACUUUGCGGUGACCGCCAUCUACCCAAGUGGAGAUGUCUGAGGAAAAUCUGGGGGACGAGUCGGGCAGCUCCCCCGUCUCUCCUGUGGACAGCCUGAGCCACAGCGAGGGGGAGCUGGACAGACAGCCGAAGAGAUGUGGGAGGAAGAGGAGACCGAGCAGGAAAAACGGGGAGGACUCAGAUAGCCCGACCCCUGGGAAAAGAGGGAAGAAGUCCAGCAGCAGCAGCCCCCAGUCUUUCGAGGAGCUCCAGUCGCAGCGGGUCAUGGCCAACGUCCGGGAGCGACAGAGGACCCAGUCCCUCAACGAGGCGUUCGCUGCUCUGCGGAAAAUUAUCCCCACUUUGCCCUCGGACAAACUCAGCAAAAUACAGACCCUAAAGCUCGCAGCCAGAUACAUCGACUUCCUCUACCAGGUGCUGCAGAGCGACGAGCUGGACUCCAAAAUGGCAAGUUGUAGUUAUGUGGCUCAUGAGAGGCUGAGCUACGCCUUCUCUGUGUGGAGGAUGGAGGGCGCUUGGUCCAUGUCAACAUCUCACUAGCACCUGGAGAAAUUAUGCCCUAAAUGGUGACUGCUGAUUCUACUAAUCACAUUCUGACGGGACAAAUCUGGAGUCCAAUGCUGGAUACAUGGGAUCACUCUAUUUAAACCAAAGACGACAGAAGCUCUGGAGGAUCAGUUUUUGUUUUUUUGUUUUUUGUUUUUUUGCAGAGGCCCGAUGGGGACUUGCAGCCGUGUUUUCGCUGCAAACACCCCCCAACUUUGGUGUGUUUUCAUGUUGUUGACGACGAAUGUUUAAAAUAUCAUGUUUUUGUUUGUUGCUUUUUUUAAGAAAAGAAAACGUUUAAUGCAUGCCUUUGGACUUAUUUCUGUGGAGGUCAAAGUGCAUUAUUGAAGCAGUUGUCUCAGUGUUUGGUGUGAGGCUGUCAACUGGUGGUGAAGCUCACAUUGUAGGCUGACUGUGUGGAUCUAACCUGUGCUAAAAAAAAAUAUUUUCAGAAUACCUUUAUUUAUUUAUUGGUGAAACGUGUUACAUUGAGGAAUAGAUCCUGUGUCUGA